AUGGAUAGAUUAUACUAAUAUUGGCCAUUAAUGAUUACACUAACUCUAAUAAUACUGAUUGUCAGAUACACAUAUACAAUUAAAUUCUUUUACUAUCUUGUAGAAUUAUACUUUUAAUAACCAACUCUAUUAAGUGAUUUUGGUUUAGAUCCAGAUUUUAAUACUCUUAAAUUAGUAGGAACUGGUAUUGCUUUAUUAGUUUUAUGUGCAUAUAAAAGAGCAUAUUUAGUCCCAUCUAUUUAAAAAGAAAUAUAAUAUAAAUAGAUAUAUAAAAAAGAUAUAUUAUCUUACUAUUUUUAUUGCAUUUAUAUCAAGAUUUGUGUAUAUACUUAUCCAAUAUGUUUUUUAAGCAGAACUUCUUAGAAAUGCUUAAGGUUAAGAAACUAUAUCAUGGAUUGGAAUUGAAAAUUAAUAUCAAAAUAAAUAUUUGUAUUUAUAAAUUAUGUUUCAUUUAUCAGAAAUGCUCUAAGUAUUGAAUGUAAUGUUUAAAUAAUAAGUAAAUGAUUAUUUAUAAUUAUUUUUAAUUAGUAGCAAAUAGAAUAAGAAGAAAAAUCUUAGGAUUAGAUUUUCUUUGAUGAAUUGGAUGAUUAAAAUGAAAGAUUUUCUAAGAUAUAAGAUUAUUACUAAGUAAGAUCAAAUAUAUAACGAUAAUCAUAAAUCAAUUGAUAAUCUGUUUACUUAAAUAAGAUUAGAAUUAUGUUUAUUUUUUAUAUUCAUAACAGCAUAUUAUUAAAGAAAUUUCUUUUCUUUUUUUUAUAUUAUAGUAGCAAGUGCUUUUGCAAAUAGAUCAUGUAUGUUAGAUAGACAUACAAAACUUGGUAAAUUGGAUAAGCAUGGGGUGCAUUAUGUAUUUUGUAAAUGUUAGAAGUAAUUAGAAAAUAUGGUACAUUAUAAUGGACUCCACCAUCUUGGGAUGUUCGUAAAUCAUGGUGGUAUUUUAAAUAUACUUGUGAUCCUAAAGGAAAGGAAUCAUUUAAUUAUGAUGAUCCUAAUGAUUCUACUAGUGAUUUUAUGAAAUGUUAAACUGAUUGGAAUUAUUGGUUAUCUUUAUAAGGAUAUACAAAUUGGGAUUUAGGGUUGAAUUUUAUUGCUUUAUUAAUUUCAUUAUGUUUCUAUCGUCAUUUCACUACUAUCAGAAGAAGACAAUAAGAAUAAGAGAUUAAUAAUCAUUUUAAUCCUAAUAGAGAAAAUAUUCAAGAAAGUAUAAUUGAAAAAAUGAUUUCACUUAUGAAGAUAAUAGAAAAAAGAUAAUCGAUUUUAUAAAAUUUUUUAUCCUUUUUAUUUCUAUAAAUUUGCUUUGAUAAUAGUUUUAUUGAUAGGUAUGUCAUCUGA